CAGUGAUGGUUUGUUGCUCAUCUCCUGCCUGUGAUGAAGAAGAAGGGAGUUGCAGAAUGGAGGAUUUAUUUUGGAUCCCACCUUGCUUCCAUGUUAUUAAAAGAGGCGAUGGCUACAUUUCGGGUAUUAUCGACAAUGAAAAUGAGCUGACCACGCUGUUGGAGAGUCACAGCAGGGCCACUUAUACUUCAUACAUCAAGUGGUCCGACCACACGAGAGAAACUUGCAACAAUGGUCGACAGUUUUGGCAAGUGGACGACUACUCAGAGGAUGUGCCGCUGUGUGUGCGAAGGAGAAUCAUACUGGUGUGUCAGCACGGCAAGGCUUAUGUCAAAAAAGCAAAGGAGGAGUGCCGGGAUGUGGAACAGGAAAAUAUCAAAAGACGGGUUCGCACUAAAAGCUCAAAGAAACUGAACUGUCCAGCCAAACUAUUUAUACGACACAUCACAAGGUAUGACACAUUUAGUGUCAAAGGGGAUGCUUCCAGGACUCGAAAAGAAGAUGCUAUGAGAAGACUGAAGUUGGCACUGUCCGAAACACAUCCACCAACAUCAACAUUUUUGCACGUGAAACUUCCACUGGUGGAAGCUCACCGGAAUCAUGACAUUUACCCCAGUAUGAUGAUCAGUGGCUACAGUGGUGGGGUGCAGAGCAUGGUGGAGGUUGAAUCCAGUGGUGAAGGAGCUCUGCGCAUGGAAAACGAUGGCUGUAGAGUGGAGGGGAACAUGGACAUACAAGAUAAAAAGAAGAUUAAAUUAGCACAACAAACUCUCAGAAGAGAGCUGAAAAGGCUAACGGAAGUUUCAUAUUUAUUUGAAGACCUUAAAUCUUUAAAAACAACAUCUGCUUUGCUGAAAAAUGUCAGACAGUCUAUGGAAGCCCAGUGCCGUAAAGAAAACGGACUAAAUAAAGAGCAAAAUGGUAGACCACAAUGUGACAAACCAAAGACCAAACAGUCUAAGAAACAAAAAUGAAACAUUGAUAUUUUUAAAUAGCUUCUCAGAUUUUGUGUUCUAUAAUUUAUUUGCAAGACAAUAUUGAAUCCUGGAGUUAUUUUUCAGAUUUUUAGAAAACAUUUUUUUGCCCACAGACUAUUAGACACGACAGUAAGCUGUUUGAAAUGGGUGAAGUGUGGGGAGAGACAUUCAUCAAAUUGUUGCAGUUGGGAGUGAAUCUAAUGACAAAGAGUCCAGAGUUAAGUCAUAUAUACUAUGACUUAAGAUAAGAUAUGCCUUUAUUAGUCCCACAGUGGGGAAAUUCCAGACUCCUUGGCCACACUCCUGUGCAUGUCAGUGGGAUUUUUCAUAUUACAUCCAUGCCAUUUAGAUUUACAGUUGCUAAUGUUAUCCAACUAGACACUGAUAUAACAAGGCAAAUAACCAUUUAAAGGGCAGGCCACAAGAAUGGUAGUAGUUUGUGGCACCAUUCUUGGGACCAGCUUUCUACUUAUUGUGUAGUAUAUUGAAUUGUUACUUUCAAAAUAAAAAAUGGGUAACACAAAGUUGACCUU